AUGCCGACUUACGGGAAAUUAGACUCUUUUGAUGAAUCCGAAGAUUGGACACAAUAUGUAGAACCACCAGCCAAACCAGGAACGAAAUCAUUGGCCGAUUUAACAAAACUAGUGAAAGACCACCGAGAUCCAGUACCAUCAGAAAUCAUUCAGAGAUUUAAAUUUAACAGUAGAACAAGACACAGCGAUGAGUCAGUGAGGACAUUUAUUGCAGCACUAAGAAGUCUGACAGAACACUGUAAUUAUGGCGACACGUUAAACGCGAUGUUACGGGACAGGUUAGUCGUCGGGAUAAAGAGUGACCGCAUACAGAGGAGGCUGUUAGCAGAGCCGAAUUUAACAUUUGAUAAAGCAUUGGAAAUUGCUACCGCUAUGGAGACUGCAGAGAAGAAUGCACAGGACAUCCAAGCGAGUGGGACAAAUGGAACAUUUCAGAAACAAAUCAAUAAAGUUUCAAAAUCAUAUACAAGAAACAACUCUGGAAAUUCGAAACAAGGAGAUUGUUACCGGUGUGGAGGAAAUCACUUAGCCGCUGAAUGCAGGUUUAAGGAUGCAAAAUGCCACAGCUGUAAAAAGAAAGGACAUAUCGCAAAGAAAUGCCGUAGCAAAUCUGACAAUGGGAAUUUAAGUGAAAAUCACAGAGAGUUUAAAUCACGUUUUAAACCACGUGCUCAUUUCAUGGAGCAGGAUGAAACUACCGAAAGUGAAAGUGAAAAUGAAGUUUACUCAGUUUUUCAUUUUGGAAAUAAAUCUAAUGAGGCAUAUAAAGUGCAAAUCAAUGUGAAUGAAUGUGAAAUAGCCAUGGAAAUAGAUACCGGAGCGUCCGUUUCUAUCAUGAGCGAGGAUACUUACAAGGAAUACAAGUCGAAAUUCAGAAUCGAACCGUCAAGUGCUAAACUCCGAACAUACAUGGGAGAGCAGAUUCCUGUAAUAGGACGUGCAAUCGUCAAUGUCAACUACAAGAAGGAAAGUGCAAAAUUACCAUUACUGAUAGUGAAGCGUAAAGGUCCGAAUUUACUAGGCCGAGACUGGUUGAACAAACUCCAACUGGAUUGGAAGGAUAUUUUCUCCGUCGUUGGAAGUGACAAUCAAUCGAGGGAUUUAAAUGUGAUCUUGGAAGCAAAUAAAGAGGUUUUCAAAGAUGAACUUGGAACUGAAAAAGGCAUGAAAGCAAAAAUUUAUGUCGAUGAGAGUGCCGUACCAAAAUAUUUCAAGGCUCGACCUUUGCCGUAUGCGUUGAAGGAUAAAGUGGAGAAGGAACUUGAACGUCUUGAGAAGGAGGGUCAGAUUCAGCAAGUGGAAUUUUCCGACUGGGCCGCUCCGAUAGUACCCGUAGUUAAAGAGAACGGAUCUAUUAGAAUUUGUGGUGACUACAAGGUAACCGUUAAUGCCGUUUCAAAGUUAGACAAUUAUCCGAUUCCUAAAACAGAGGAUUUAUACGCAACGCUUGGAGGAGGACAAGAAUAUACAAAAUUGGAUUUAAACCAAGCAUAUCAACAAAUUGAACUUGAUGAGGACAGUAAAAGGUAUGUGACUUUAAACACGCACAAGGGUUUAUUCAGAUACAAUAGACUUCCUUAUGGUGUAGCGUCCAGUCCAGGUAUUUUUCAAAGAACACUUGAAAAUGUUGUUCAAGGUAUAGCCAAUGUUUUGGUUCGAGUAGAUGAUAUACUAAUAACGGGUAAAACAAGGGAGGAACAUCUAAAUACUCUUUCUGAGGUUUUGUCUAGAUUUAAGAGAAUAGGAAUUCGGUUGAAGAAACAAAAGUGUGUAUUCAUGGCCGAAGAAGUUGUUUAUUUGGGAUUUAAAAUAAACAAACACGGAAUCUACCCAGUGGAGAGUAAAGUUGAGGCGAUCGAUAAAGCACCAAGUCCGACAAACGUGACAGAACUGAAAGCUUAUCUUGGAAUGCUGAACUAUUACAAUAGAUUCUUAGCGAAUUUGUCUCACUUGUUAAAGCCGCUACAUGUACUUCUACAGAAAGACACAAAAUGGAAUUGGGGAAAAGAACAGGAAAAAGCAUUCGCAGAGUCAAAACAGCUGUUGAAAUCCGCAUCAGUACUUGUACAUUUCGAUCCGAAAAAGAAAUUAAUCUUAGCAUGUGAUGCAUCUCCGUAUGGAUUAGGCGCCGUACUUUCACAUAAAAUGGACGACGGCAGUGACAAACCAAUAGCUUAUACAUCUCGAACACUUACUUCAGCAGAGAAGAAUUAUUCCGUUCUUGAGAAGGAGAGUCUGGCCAUAAUAUUUGGUAUCAAGAAAUUUCAUCAAUAUUUGUAUGGACACCCCGUUACAAUCAUAACCGAUCACAAGCCGCUCAUAGGUUUAUUUCGAGAAGAUAAACCUAUACCUACAAUGGCCGCAUCUCGAAUUCAAAGGUGGGCACUGACGUUAGCUGCAUAUGAGUAUACGAUUGUAUACAAAGAAGGGAGUUUGAAUGGUAAUGCGGAUGGACUAAGUAGACUACCGCUGAAAACAAACAUUGAAAAGACACCAACGCCAGGUGAUACUAUAUUAUUAAUGGAACAUUUAGCCACUACGCCAGUUGAUGCUAAACAAAUUCAAAAGUGGACACGCAAGGACACAAUACUAUCUAUGGUGCUUAGAUACAUUUUGAAUGGAUGGCCGUCAAAAUGUCCAAAUGAAGAAAUAAGACCGUAUCAUAGUAGGAAAAAUGAACUCAGUAGUCAGGACGGAUGCAUAUUGUGGGGAGGAAGAGUAAUUAUACCACAACCAGGACGUGAAGCCAUGUUAAAUGAAUUACACCAAGGACAUCCAGGGAUUACUAGAAUGAAAAGUCUAGCAAGAAGCUACAUAUGGUGGCCGGGAAUGGACAAUGACUUGGAAUUGACUGUAGUUAAUUGUUACAGUUGUCAGGAAAACCGCAAGUUACCAGCAGAAGCACCGUUACAUCCGUGGGAAUAUCCGAGCCAUCCGUGGUCAAGAAUACACAUAGACUUUGCAGGACCAUUCAUGAACAAAUCAUUUCUAAUUAUGGUUGAUGCGUAUUCAAAAUGGAUAGACAUACACGUAAUGCAUUCUACAACAUCCGAAGCUACGAUUGCAAAACUUGAACAAACGUUUGCAACACAUGGAUUAUGUGAUCUCAUUAUUAGUGAUAAUGGAGCCGCAUUUACUAGCAAGGAAUUCGCCGAUUAUGUGAAAUCAAAUGGAAUUGAACAUCGUACUUCCGCGCCGUGGCAUCAAGCUAGUAAUGGUUGUGCUGAACGAGCAGUUCAGAGUUUCAAAGAAGGUAUGAAGAAAAUCAAAGAAGGAACUGUCCAGGAAAAGUUGAACCGUUUUCUUUUCAACUACCGUAUAACGCCACAAACAACGACAGGAUUGGCACCAUCAGAAUUGCUUAUGAAAAGGAAACUCAAGUCGCGUCUAGAUUUAGUUUUUCCAAAUAUCGAGAAGCGAGUUCAGGAGAGACAACAAAAACAAAAACAUUAUCACGAUAAAAAAUCUGUGAACAGACAAAUUAAUGUAGGACAGGGAGUAUUUGCCCGGAAUUUCGCCAUUGGUUCGAAGAUUAAAUGGAUUCCGGGAGAAGUUAUAAAACAAUCAGGACCACUUUCAUUUCAUAUUAAAUUGCAAGAUGGACGUGUCAUUCGGAGACAUAUUGACCACAUCAGAGUACGAAACGUCGAUUGCACAAACAACGAAAAUGAAGAAAAAGAUGACAAUGACAGUGAUUUGUUUGAGCUAGAAAUAACUAUACCGAUAAGUACUCCUGAGACCGAACAACCGCAAAUCGAGAAACCGUCAAACAUGACUGAACAAAUGGAACCACGCUAUCCGAAGAGAAUAAGAAAAGAACCAUCGCAUUUAAAGGAUUUUGUGUUAAAAUAA